AAUCCUUCUACUUUUUUCCCACAAAGGUUCAUAAGGCAUCAUUUGCAGGGGAAAAGGGGUUUUUCUGGCACCUUUCAAGGGUAAACUUUGUCGGAAAUACCCCAAAUGGCUUCUUCCCCUGAAGGUUCUCCAAAUUCAACAUCUAUUUCAUCACUACCACCACCGUCGUCGCCAAUAGUUGACUCAACUCCACCACGACAAUCAGCUUCCCCACCACCUGCGCAGGAGUCAAAGUCAUCUCCAUCAUCUUCAUCUUCAUCCUCUUCACCACCACCACCCCCGUCAUCGUCAUUAUCAUCAUCACCACCACCACCCUCUUCGUCAUCAUCAUCAUCAUCGUCACCCCCACCAUCACCUCCACCACCAACUAAUGAUAAAAACAAUGGCAGUAAUCAAAAUAAUGCUGCCACAGCUAUUCAAACUCCAGCAUCACCGCCACCGCUGUCGCCAACACCAAAGUUAGCUACUGAAAAUGGCUCACCAACUCGUGCUUCCCCGCCAAGAAUAUUGUCACCUCCACCUCCAAAAUCAUCAAAUUCAUCAACAAGUAGUACAUCAUCGUCACCGUCUUUGCCAAUUAUAAUAGGUGUUUCAGUUGGCAUUGGUUUGUUGCUUAUUCUCGUUAUAGCGCUCAUCAUUGCAGUAUGCAACAGAAGGAAAAAGAAGUCAAAGUUCGAUAAUCAUAUUCAAUACCACAAAAAUUCUAUGCCACCAAACGGUGGCGUCGGAUAUGGAAAUGUGUUGAGUCUAAAAAGACAAAACAACAUGAACAAUGGGUACCAAGCUAAUGAUUAUCACCUUGCCAUCAAUUUACCACCGCCGCCCGGUGGAAAUGCAGGUCGUGGAGGGUGGCCACAAGAACCACAAGGGCAAAUACCAUCUUUGACAAGUGAAAUAAGCUCAAGGUACUUAGGUCAACAUGGUUCACUUUUGCCAUCCGCAUAUUCACCUGUGGCUUUAGGGCUUAAACAAAGCACUUUCACCUAUGAAGACCUAGCGGUUGCAACCCAAGGGUUCUCUGAAGCUAACUUGUUGGGUCAAGGUGGGUUUGGGUUCGUCCAUAAAGGAGUUUUGCCCAAUGGCAAAGAAGUAGCUGUUAAAAGUCUCAAAUCUGGUAGCGGGCAGGGUGAGCGUGAAUUUCAGGCUGAAGUUGAGAUUAUUAGCCGUGUCCAUCAUCGCCACCUUGUAUCUCUUGAUGGGUAUUCCAUUGCAGGAGAUAAAAAGAUGUUGGUCUACGAAUUCCUGCCUAAUAAAACUCUCGAAUUCCACCUCCAUGAGAAAGAUCUUCCACCCAUGGAUUGGCCUACUAGGCUCAAGAUUGCACUGGGAGCAGCUAAAGGUCUUGCAUAUUUGCAUGAAGAUUGCCACCCUCGCAUUAUUCACAGAGACAUCAAAUCUGCCAACAUCCUACUUGAUUUCAGUUUUGAAGCCAAGGUGGCAGAUUUUGGGUUGGCUAAACUUUCUCAAGAUAACAAUACUCAUGUCUCAACUCGUGUCAUGGGAACAUUCGGUUACUUAGCUCCUGAAUACGCAUCAAGUGGCAAGCUGACAGAUAAAUCUGAUGUUUUCUCCUUUGGUGUUGUGCUCUUGGAAUUGAUAACUGGACGUCGGCCUUUGGACCUGACUGGGGAGAUGGAUGAGAGCUUAGUAGAUUGGGCUAGACCCUUAUGCGCUAGUGCAAUGGAGGAUGAAAACUUCAGUCAAUUGGUGGAUCCACGCUUGGAGAAUAAUUUUGUCCAACAUGAGAUGGCACGAAUGGUUGCAUGUGCUGGUGCAUGUGUUAGGCAUUCUGCUAGAAGGCGACCAAAAAUGCGGCAGAUUGUGCGGGCACUGGAAGAUGAUGUUUCAAUGGAUGACUUAAAUGACGCUAUGAGACCUGGCCAAAGUUCAAGGUUCAGCUCAAUGGCUAGCUAUGACUAUGAUACUAAUGCCCAUGGUAUAGACAUGAAGAAGAUUAGGAAAAUGGCCUUGGACUGCCAAGACUACGGAAGUAGCGACUAUGGUAAUACGAGUGAAUACGGGCUCAAUCCUUCUUCCUCUAGCAGCGACUCAAGUGGAAAUAUAAGCCGGAGGCAACGUUUGUAAAACUUGAAAUUAUCAAAGACAUAAUCCCUUAUUGCAAUGCCCUUGGCUUAGGUUUGAUAUACUUCCAAACA